UUAAUUCCCACACAAUUAAACUGGAAAUUCAGAAUAGCUUUUUCUUUUACAUAUUUAAAAACUAUUUGGCUUUUUCCUUUAGUAAUUUGCAAGCCUUUCAUGUGGACACUUAAACUGUUUCCCACUUCUAUAAAAGAUAAAACAGCUGAGAGGAAACAGCUACAUCAUUCUCUUGUAUCAGUUUGAUAACUGUAGGUUGCUAACAUUUUAUAACCCCAGCAAGUCACUCUGUGUAGCCUCACUGAUUUCGUUGGAUUUAAAAUUGCACAUUUGCAUACUUUGUGUAUUCCAGAAUUGUCCUUUUAUGCACUUAAGAAAUUAGAGUUUUGUUGAUCAUUUAGUCCAACUACAAAGCUGUCACCAUAGAAAGUACAAUUUAAAAGAUUGUACAGACAAGUGUUGAUAUAAGUUAACAUCUUUAUUUUGUGCAGCUUUAUAUGUCACAGCUAGCUGAAGGGAUAUGACCUAAAGCUUUCAAGAAGGCAUUUUUUUCCUCACGGUUAACUUCAUUUUUGAGAAACACAAAAAUACAAGUGUCUUCAAACUUAAAACUGUAAGUCUCUCCAUAGUGAAGGAUCUUAGUUGUAGGGAUGGUUAUGGAAAAAAGAGAUUACUAUCAAAACCCAAGUCAGUGUACCUUGAUUUACCAACUUUUGCUGCUUCGAGUUGCAAUAGGUGAACGUGUAAAGGCCGUGGUGGUCUUGGCUUUCAGGGUGCUGUUCAGGUACUUAAAGAUGGAACGCAAGCAGUAGGAAGGUGCUAAGCUGUACUUUUCAGUUCCAGCAGAGACAGUUGGACAAUUCACUUUGACAAGGGAGCCUACAGCUUUACCUAAAGGCUUAUUGUUUGAUACCCAUUCACGGCAGUGGUUCUGUAUCCACCAUUGUAUCUGCAGGUCAUUUCUAGCCUGAUGCUGUAUAUUGUGCAUGGAAUCAAUGAAUGCCACAGAAAACACUUUAUUCAUCACUUCCCAUUUUCUCUGCACGAGCAGAUCAAUGAACACCAAACCACCAUAGCCAUGGGCAAUGAAAGCCACAUACUUGGCUGCACUUUUAGAAAUGAAAUGAUCCCAUACAUAUAUGGUAUGCUCCUCUGGGCUACUGCUGCAUCGCUUGGUGAUCCACUGGCAGGAAUGCAUACAAGUCAGUGAUUCUUCUCUGGUAGAAUAGCUUAGCUUCUCCCUUUCAGUCUUCAAGUCAAUGAGAUUGUCAUUGGGAUUCAGUACAAUCACUCCCCCGUGGCUUUGAAGGGCCAUUUUGAUGAACGGUAUUUGUGUUCCAUGGUACAGCCCCUCACUGAUGAUUGUCUUGUGUCCCCACUGGCCAGCACGAAAAACUCCACGGUCCUGAAGAAGGACAAUUAUGCUAGAAGAACUUGUUAGUGCUUUCUCACUCAUAAAAAAGAAACUUCUUGGUUCAUCCUCUGUAGCAUCAGAAGGAAUGUAAACUUUUUGCAGUGCGCAGACUCUUUGCAGGAGCUCAUAAACAUACUGGGUAAUCAUAUGUCCUAAAACUUGAUAGCGUUUAUGAUUCUUCUCAUGGGUGUUUUUGUAGUAAUUGAAAACAAAGAAUUCAUUCGUAUCCAGAUGCCUCAGUUCCCCUUUUUCAUUAAAAUCAUACUUCAGUUCCUCUUGAUAAUCUGAACCCUCUACUAGUGUCCUCAAGCUUAGUUCAUGUCCUGUUUGUAACCACUGCAAAUUAAGAAAAUUACGCUAAUGUAAUAAUAGACCACCAUACAACAGUUACAUAAAGCAUGCUGUAGUGUAAUCAAUAUUUACAUGUGGUUACACACAAAGCAUUCACUGCUUUUGGUAAGCCUGCUCAAAAGCCAGAUUCCUUUUGCAACAGCAGUACACUGAUACAAACCUUUCCUUUGUAAGCACUUGUUCUAUAAUUUCUUGAACAAUUGAAUUUCUAGAACAAUUACUUGUUCUAUAAUUUCCACAAUGUGGAAUGACAGAAUUAACUAGUGUUAUCUGGGAAUAAGGAGAAAGGAGUCCAUGCCUCAAUUUUCCCCACAAGGUUACUACAACUGAAAAUGGAGACCAUCAUAUGAUUUUUCAAAUUGUGUGAUCAGUUGACAACAAUUAUGCUAGGAACAGCAUGCCCAUUUUCCCUUUGAGUAAAGUGCAGAGAAAGCAUUCUACAACAAACAGGAAAAGUGGAAAAAGUCAUGGAAAGAAGACCAUCACCUUCAAGUCAUGUCAGUUUUCGUAUACCAAAGAAGAAACCAAACAACAAGUCAGAGGAUGUUCAAGUUCAGUCCCCUUUGGCAAGGCUCCCAGGCUCUCAGCAUUGGGACUACCCUUUAAGAGAGUGGCGAUUAAGUGCCAGCAACAGAGACACUUCUACAAAAGGAAGAAGGCAAAGGGACUGUGAUAGAUGCAGCUCUAAUGAUGAAGAAUCAAUUGGGCAACCCAAAGUUAUCUUGACGAACGUCCUGAGGACGAAAAUAGGAAGAAAAUACACACAAGCACAACCUAAAACUGAUGCUAAUUUUUCUGAUGCUGGCAAGCUGCAGUCAAAUCAACCACCCUCAUCAUCUGUUGCCAGCCUAAAGAUAUGGCAAAUUUUAAACCCUGCUCUCCACAGCCCUUUUCUGUCUAAAAGGCAACCUCAAGUUAUCUUGACGAAUGUCCUGAGGACGAGAAUUGGAAGGAAAUACGUGGACAGUCAUAUAUUAAUUGAUUCUAAUUUAUCUGAUGCUGAGAAAUUACAGUUGGGUCAACUAGCUUCAUCAUCUGUUGCCAGCGCACAAACAUGUCAAAUAUUAAGUUCUCCUCAUGAAAGUUCUUUUCUGUCUGAAAGAUCAGAACAUUGCUUGACAAAGUCAGAUGGCAAUCUUUCUAAGGAACCAGAAAGAGGUAACGUUGUCUUGACUUUUAGAAGACAAAAGCUGGAGAAGAAAGAAAACAAGAGCUCUGAUGAACUAGAUAAGAAGAGAAAAAACAUGAACACUACCUCUCCUAGUUGGAAGGGAUCAAGCCCUUUGGAUUCUGAGAAAAGGAAAAGAAGAUUUAGUGGCCAUAUUUCUGAUGAUUGUAAAGAACACGUUCCAGAAAAAUUGCUUCUACAGUCUAAAGAGCAAAGAUUAAGUUCAACUUGCUCUUCUGGCUGCAGAAUUCCUUGUGAGGAUGAGCAAGAUCGCAGAUCUAACUUGGUGCAAGAUUGCGUUGCUCAGACAUUGGAGAGAAACUGUAAAGGCACUCCUACCAGUAAGCAAUUAAGACCUGUUCACUGCUGUUCAGAGGAGGCAGGCUCAGAGUCUGCUUCCAGUAAUUUGUCAGAAAAACAGCUUGCCACUAGUGUUUCACCUCGAGUUAGUACCAUCAGGAAGAUAAAGAUGGACACAUCACAGUACCUAAACAAGCUGAGGAACAGAAUCUGCGGGAGUAAUCAGCCACUUGUUUCAGCUGAUCCAAUUGUCCUCUCCAGUGAUGAUGAAGACAGAUCUUCUGAACCAAAGGAUGAAGAAGGACUUUCUGAACCAAAAUGCGUGGAACAACUGCAGGAUCGUAUUACUGAUGUUCAAGAAAUAGACCAACAGUCUGAUGACCGUUUCUCUGAAAAGCUAUUGGAAGAUAAUGUGGAAAGUCACACAGAACAGCUUUUAACAAAGUCAGAUGAAGAUAAAUGUCCUUCCAACUUGCCUUCUGGAACAAUACUUAGUGAAGAGGUGAAGCCAGGAUUAGAUUUUGAAUUUGAAAGCCUGUACAUUGGGAAUUUUAAAUGGUCAUCAACGGGUCCUGUUAGAUUUAUCACCAAGUAUAUUACAAUACCAUUUCAAGUGGCACUUAAUAAGAACGUUAAGCUGACUGUGGAUACCUUGGAUGUGAGAAGGUUUGGCUUGUGGAAAAAUGAUGGUGGCUGUUCUUCAACAACAAUAAUUUUCAUUUGGUUGUCUGUGGAUUAUUUAGAAAAGAUUGAAACCCAGUUAGGAAAACGUAUUAGCAGCGAACCAUCCAAAUCUAGUGAAUUUAUUUUUCUUGAACUGUCCCAACCACUCACAGAACAAGAAGUCGUCAGGCUCUCUGAAUUAAUUACAGAGAUAAGCAAGAAAAACAGGGCGCCAGAUCUCCCUGAAUUGUUAUCUUUGAAGCAAGCUUUACUCUUGUUUAAGGACUUGUCUCCUGAAGAGUGCUCUUUUAUAAGUUCCAGUGAGGAUCUGCUAAAGCAAUGUGCAACAAAAGAGAGUAUCUCAUUUGCUCAAGAGCCUACAUUUCAGAAACCAAAACCAAAAGUGGCCAGGCCCAGUUAUGCCCUUGCGAAUAAGCAGAACAGUGGUUGCUAUUCUAUCUCUCUAUCCUCUGCACUGAAUGAAGAAUGGAAAGAAGUAGGAGAAUCUGGAGCAGUUAAGAAUCUGAUUGUUUAUCCACCCCCACCUGCAAAAGGAGGACUUGGAGUCACAAGAGAGGACCUAAAAUGCUUAGAAUACGGAGAGUUUCUUAAUGAUGUCAUCAUUGAUUUCUAUCUUAAAUACCUGUUGUUGGAGAAGGCACCAAAACAUCUUGCUGAGCGUACACACAUUUUUAGCAGCUUCUUCUAUAAAUGCCUGACCAGGACAGAAAAAUUCUCUGAGGAAGAUCCCAAAGUUUCAGUGGCACAAAGAAGACACAAAAGAGUAAGAACAUGGACUCGUCACAUAAACAUCUUCAGUAAAGAUUACAUCUUCGUGCCUGUGAAUGAGGAGUCUCAUUGGUACAUUGCAGUUAUCUGUUUUCCUUGGUUAGAAGAAACUGUGUAUGAAGACUGUCCUCAUCAGAAUUCAUUUAAUCUAUCUCCACUUCAGUCAGAGAACAAGAGUGAGGACUCUGUAAUUGGUUCAGCGUUGCCCUAUCCUGAAGAAGAAAUGGAUGCAAACAGAUUUUUUUCCUCCAAAGGUGGCAACGAAUCCGCUGAUUCUGCCUCAGUCCUGGAUUCAGGUAUUUCUAAAAUCUCCCUAAAUAAUUCCAAGAGGCAAAUUUGUAAAAGGCCCUGUAUACUGAUCUUAGAUUCUUUGAAGGCUGGUUCUGUGCAGAAGACAGUUCAGGUUUUGAGAGAGUAUCUUGAAGUAGAAUGGGAAGCUAAACGAAAAACACAUCGUGAAUUCAGUAAAUCAACAAUGGUUGACUUUUAUCCAAGAGUGCCUAAGCAAGAUAACAGUAGCGACUGUGGGGUGUAUUUGCUACAAUAUGUGGAAAGCUUCUUCCAGAAUCCCAUAGUUGACUUUGAACAGCCAGUGCAUCUGGAGAAGUGGUUUCCUCGUCAGCUGAUUAGAAGCAAAAGAGAAGAAAUCCAAGACCUGAUCUUGCAAUUGCACUUUCAACAGCUCAGAGGCAGCAGAAGCUAAUAAAUCCUAUCUACCAGAACUGGCAGAGAUCUAUCUCUCUAUAUAGGUAUAAAGUACCUGGAACUCUGCUUCGCAGCAUUUUGGCUCUGCCUCCCUUGCAAGAAAGAAAAAAAAUGUUUUUUUUGUUUGUUCAUCAUGUAUUUAUGUAAACAAUUAUUUUACUUAGGGUUCAUUGAUGAUAGAAUGCCACUAGAGGGGGGAGGGUUGUAGAUAAGUGUAAAUAUGUAAGUUACAGCUAAUGCAUGUGACUUGCUAAUUUUUUUAACUUGGAAUAUGAAAAUGUGUACAGGUAUGUGCAACAAAGAUGUAAAAAUAUUUUGAUCUUUUGGAGCCUGUUCUUUACAAUUCUAUAUAAACUUUACAGAGUUGGAUGAGCACAUAGGAGUCAGGCCCAAAGAUGGGUUUUUGAGCUUUUACUGUGUCUCUUUCUACUCUGCAGUUCAUGCAGAUAGAAUGAAUACUAUGUAUUGUUUUAAUUUAAGGAUAUAAUAUUGAUUCUCUUUAGAGAUUUUUUGUUGCUGUUGUUCUGUUUUGUUUCUGAUAAUAUACAGAAAUAGUUUGCAUUUAUCAGAAUAUUCUGCUGGGAUUUGACACUUCUGGGUUUUAAUUGUUUUCCUCCCUACAUUUCCAUCAUAAAAAUUUAUUUGCUUGACAGUGAAUCUUGAAAUCUUUUGAAGUCAGAAGUGGGCUCUUCUGAAUGUCCUUUAUGAUAACUCUUUUCUUGUCAGAUUUUAGAAAUCUUGCUCUCAAAAUACAUGCUGGUACAGUAUAUGUAGGCAAUAGAUUUUUCUCCUAAUUAGUUUAUUUUUGGGAGUUACUCCUGUGAGUCUUAAAGGCACCGUUUGCAUUAGAAAAGCAAGUCGGUUGUGGCUCAAUAAGAUUGAGAUAUUUGAGAAAUACGCAUGUUUUCAUUUAGAAAGGAUGUGGCUAUAUGUAAUAUGUCUUUAAGACAUGUUGCUUCUAUAUAAGACAUACAGAAUUUAUACUUUUCUUGGGAGAAUUGAGUAAAGGCGCCCAAAUAUUUGAGUGUUUGAACUCAGGACUUGAUUUGAUAAACUAGCGCAAGUUUAUCAUGGUCUGUAUGCAUAUUUAUUUAGUUUUUAUCAGACAGUUGUGGAAAACUUUAAUAACGUUUUGGUAUGCACACACUUUUUCCUGUGGUUGUUACAUGAUAGAUGGUGGCUGUUUUGAGUUUUGAUGGUGGCUUUCUCCUAUUACCCACAGUAAGUUACUUAAAUGUCACAGUACUCCCAGAAGAACCGUGUUGCAGAUAACCACCAAAGCCAUUUGUAUAGUAAGUAUAUCUGCAAAACCAGAGGUCUCAAAGGAGGUAGGCUAAAAAAUCCAAGUAAAAAUUGAGGGCAUCCCAAAGAUGUGGACAAAUUUGUAGCGUGGCAGAAUUCUCAGGGCCCCUUUCCUCAAGGCAACUCUGACACCUUUGCAUUUGGAAAAUCCAGUCAUUACUGCAGGUUCUACGCAGUCAUCCAGAAAAACCUGACAAAAAACAGUGUUGUUUCUCAAACCAGGAAGCAUUCUUUCUGAAGAGCAGAAACAAUUUCAGAACAUAAUUUGCUGAGCGCAGUUACUUUUUGUGUAACUGUGGGCAGCCUAGUGCACUGGUCUUGAUUUUUUGUUUUUUUUUUUUCAUUUCUAGUUCAGCUCAGUAGUUUAUCACGACUCCCACCAAUGUCUGUCACUCUCGUCACAGAAAUUUGUAUGACUUUUAUCCCACAAACCUCAUCACCACCAUUUCUCACUCCCAGGGAUAAUCUUUGUAUUUAUUGUAAGAGAUAAAAUUAUAAAAUGCAGAAAUGUGUGCUUUUUCUCCACACCUUUUUAAUGGAUGAAAUAUUUUCAGUGUUCCUUUAUUAAGAAUACUUCAGACUUUUUCUUACAUUAAAAUUGGUUUAUAUCAUAAAACAAUAUUUAUUCUCUUUUAGAUUAACUGGUUUAUACGUAGAUAUUUAAAAGUAAAAGAUAUGUAUAAACUUUUCUAAAUUGGUUUUAUAACAGCAAAGGAUUGACUUUGUAGGCUAAUGUUAACAAUGUGCUAUGGGGAUGCCGAUACAUUUGAUAAUAAAAACCUCCAGAAGUUACCAAA